CCAGCUCAACUUCUCGGUGCUGCGUGAUGACGCACAUUGAACGCGACAACGUCGUCGGCUUUCCGCGCGUGCUAGGUUCUGUCACAGGGAGAAACAGGGCAUAAAAUACCUAAGGACAAGAUGCAGACUAAAUAAAUACAAUUAGAUAUGGAAAGUACCCAUCAGCCUGAUCUGGACCCUAAUAAAGAUGAUCUGCCUUUGCGGGCUAACACAAGCCAUAUGCUUGUUCGACACUAUGUGCUUGACCUGACUGUUCACUUCCAAAGAAAGGUCAUUGGUGGCAGUAUUGUUCUUUUUCUGGAGCCUGGUGAGGGCUUUUGCAAACAAGUUGAAACAGGAUCUGUAUCCAACACACCGGUACAAGACAUAUCUUCUAAAGAUGAUUUCACCCCGUCUGAGCCAAAUUACAUGAUACACCAUACGAGUAAAGGAAGUAAUGUCAGUAAUUGCUUGUGGGAUGAUGAGAGUGAAGAUUUCACCUUGGUGCUGGAUUGCUGUGACCUGGUAGUGUCCAGAGUAGAAGAGUUGGAUGUGACCACAGUACUUAACAAAAACCAAUCAGAUGCAAAUGCUGAUCAUCCAUCUUGCAGCCUGGUGCAAAAACUGGUCUCUAUGCCUUCAGCCUACUGGAAACAGCAACAUGAUCUAUAUCUCCAGACUAGUGGUUGCCCUACUGUCCUACAUGCAAAACCUCUUCGGUUCCACAUGGACCAGUGGAGUCUUCAGAUCAGAAAGGAGGGGGUUUCGUCUCCCCACGCGUUCCCGUGCGCCCUCAAAAUCUGGUAUGAAACUAAACCCACAGGUGGCUCCGUCAGGUGGACGAAAGACCAGGAUGGCAGAUGCUGUGUAUAUACAAUGGGCUCACCCAUCAACAACAGAGCCCUCUUUCCAUGCCAAGAACCACCUGUUGCCAUGUCAACGUGGCAAGCGCGAGUGAGGGCACCGUGCGAUUACACAGUUUUAAUGAGUGGUGAAAAUCAAGCCUUUCCUGAGAUCGUAGAGACAGGAGUUUUACAGUGGGAUUAUUAUGUUACAAUGCCAAUGCCAGCAUCGACCUUCACCAUAGCAGUAGGUCGGUGGAUGGAGGCUGGUGUAAAAACAGAAGAACCUUGUGUCCAGGCGCCCUUUAUUUCUUUGGAUUACUCACAAUCAGGACCUGCAGAUGUACGUCAGGAGAAUCUAAGAUGUUCAAUAGAACAGGAAAACGAUGAACAAUGUGUUUGUUCCCACAUGGAUUAUCCCUGUCGCUUCAUGGUCAACACUGCUAGGACACAGGCUGUUAUUCCCUACCGGGUAUUUGCCCCGCUGCAUCACCUACAGAGGGCAGAAAAAAUGGUUGUACCCCUACUGCCGCUCUGUCUGUCUGCGGCCUACUGUGCUCUUGGUCUCCAUCCGUUCUCACGCAUAGAUGUUCUCAUCGUUCCUGCAGGGUUCUCCAGCCUCGGCAUGGCCAGUCCACAUAUCGUGUUCCUGUCUCAGAGCGUGUUAAUGGGUGAGAGGAACCUCUGUGGGGCUAGACUGUGUCAUGAGAUUGCUCACUCCUGGUUCGGGCUGGCUAUCGGGGCACGGGAUUGGACAGAAGAAUGGAUCAGUGAAGGUUUCGCCACUUAUUUAGAAGAUGUGUUUUGGGCCCGGGUUCAGCAGCUGGGCUGUAGAGAGGCUGAGGAACAGAAACAGUUGAAGGCACUGUUGCGCUGGAGGAGACUAAGCGAUGAACUGCAGAACUCUGAUGAAGAACUGCAGGUCCUCAGGCCCAAUAAGGAGAACACAGGGAAAGUGAGUGAGUCUGGUGCUUCAAUGGUCAAACAUGCCCUCAACCCAGGAAAACCCUUCAUGCAAGUUCACUAUCUGAAGGGAUACUUCCUACUGAAGUUUCUGGCUGAUCAGGUUGGCGAGGAAAAGUUUCUUCUGUUCUUCAAAGCGUUUGUGAGAAAGUACCACGGAAAGCUCAUUCUCUCUCAGGAUUUUCUACACAUGCUCCUGGACACUUUUCCUGCAGUGAUCAGUCGAGGCAUCACACUUGAAACCAUCUUUUCAGAGUGGCUUGAUACACCCGAAAUGCCAAAGUGGCUGAGGGACGCCAGCUCAGAAUGGUUGCAAGCUCCAGCCGUGGAAGAAGUCAAGGAAGAGGUUGCAAAAUGGAUUCACUUCAAUGGAUCUGGUGGAAAGGGCACCAAGCGGAAAAGAGCAGGGCCCAAGGUUAACUUCAAAGAGGUGAGUCCAGAUCAGCUGGUGCUGCUGUUAGAGUUUCUGUUAGAAGAACCAAAACUGAGUCCUUCCAGCCUGAGGCUUCUUCAUACCACGUAUGACCUACAGGCCCAAGAUGCUGAGGUGAAACAUCGCUGGUGUGAACUUGUGGUCAAGCACAAAUACGCAGCCGCAUACCGGGACGUUGAGCAGUUUCUAAUCCAUGACCAGGCCAUGGGUGUGUAUUUGUAUGGUGAGCUGAUGGUCCAGGAAGAUGCCCGUCAGCAAGCUUUAGCACGACGUUGUCUAUCCAUCAUCAAAGAUGACAUGGACCAAUCAGCAUGCAGAGUUGUCGAAGAAAUGAUCCUCUGAACCCAGACAAAUCAGGUUCGUCUGGUGUCCAGUCACAGGUUCAACUCAGGGAAAUCAACCAAUCAGAAGUCUCAGGAUCUUGUCUCUCAUCACUGAUGCCCAGAGAAAUCAAUGUGUGGAAUAAGCACCAAAUAAAUAAUCCCUGUCUAUCUGUAUAAGGGACUUGCUUUUCUAUCUUUAAGGUUUCACACCAAUUACAGACUUGUACUGUUUAAAAAGAAAAUAAAUAAACACAAAUACCACACAAA